AUGAACUGGAAUGCUCGUAUGUUUGCUUCACUGAUGCUGUUCAACCCCGAACAGAGCAGCGCCCAGCCGUUCAUUGGCCGCCACCAUGUCUUCCAUGCGACAGGAGCCUUGCCGUCAAUCCGCCUGCGCAGCCGCGCGCAAGUCAAGAUGGCGCCUCUACAUGUGAGCAGGCUCAGAGACGACGACAUUCCGCUCGAGAGCCCGCCCAUUACGCCUCGCUCUCGUUCCGACACGGAGAAGAGCGGCCGGCCGGAUGAAGCCGAAGACGAUGACGAUGACGACGGCAGCGACGAAAACGCCCUGCGGCCCCCGCGCCCGGUCUCGCUCGCGAUCUCGACGCAUUCCAUGGCCAAGAGGCCCGAGUCGCUGCUCCACGAGGCCUGUUUCCUCUUUGUCGUCUCCAUGGCGCAGUUCCUCGGACAGACGGGCCUCGCUCUGUCCAUCAUCACCGCCCACAUCAUUGGCCGGAGCUGGGAGCAUGUAAGCGACGGCCAGCUGAGCUGGUUCGCGGCUUCGUUCUCUCUGACCAACAGCACCUUUAUUCUCGUCGCCGGCAGGCUCGGUGACUUGUACGGCCACAGGCGGCUCUUCAUCGCCGGCUUCUUCUGGUACGGCUUGUGGUCUCUGCUGGCUGGCUUCAGCGUGUACGCAACGUCGACGACGUUUUUCAUCUGCUGCCGCGCGUUUCAGGGCAUUGGGGCCGGGUUGGUGCUGCCCAAUGCGGUGGCCAUCUUGGGGAGGACGUAUCCUCCUGGGCGGCGGAAAGAAUUGGUGUUUAGUCUCUUCGGAGCCACAGCCCCAGCUGGGUUCAACGUCGCGGGCAUCUUCAUCGCACUGUUGGCUCAGCGGGUGUGGUGGCCCUGGUCUUACUGGAUCAUGGCCGUCUUCUGCUUCAGCCUUGCUGUUGCGGGCAUCUUUGUGAUUCCCAGAGCGCUGGAUCCGCCUCCGAGAACAGAGAGUUCGGUUAAGCAGGGAAGCAGGUUCGACUUUAUCGACCGGAUUGACAUUUUUGGCGCCUUUUUCGGCAUCACUGGUCUUGCUCUUAUCAACUUUGCCUGGAACCAGGCCCCGAUUGCCGGGUGGUCUAACCCAUAUGUCUACGUUCUUCUCAUUGUUGGAUUUCUGUUUCUAGCUGGGUUUGGGGUUGUCGAAAGCAAGGCCAAGUUCCCUUUGAUCCCGACCUCUGUCUUUACGGGGGAUCUUGGCUGGACUCUGAGCUGCAUCGCGGCAGGCUGGGCCAGCUUUGGCAUUGGUCUCUACUACUACUACCAGUUUAUGGAAGUCAUCAAGGGCGACGAACCGCUCCUUGCGGUAGGCAAAUGGGCUCCGGCGCCAAUCAUGGGCGUCAUCGCAGGCCUCACAACUGCGUACCUGCUCAGCCGCGUCUCACCGAGCGUCAUCAUGUUCAUGGCAAUGUGCGGAUUCCUUAUUGCAGCCACGCUUCUGGCCACAACCCCGGUCGACCAGACUUACUGGGCACAGGCGUUUGUGAUGACAUUGAUUUACCCUUUUGGCAUGGACAUGUCUUUCCCCGCGGGGACUAUUCUGCUAAGCAAUGCCAUGCCGCGCGAGCACCAGGGCCUCGCGGCGUCUCUCAUUGCCACAACGAUCAACUAUUCCAUCUCCCUGAGUCUGGGAUUUGCGGGGACCAUCGAGACCCAACUGAACCAUCACGGAAGCGAUUUGCUUCGAGGAUACCGAUCGGCGUUGUAUUUCAGCCCCGGGCAAGCAAUUAUUACAUAUCAUGAACAUACUGCCGGUGCGGAAUUCCCGCAGCUCCGCAUACCCGCAUAUCCGAUGCUCUGUCUUGCUGCAUCUCCGUCACUUGCAGAACUCGAUCGGCCCAAACCAUCAUUCAAGGAGAAGCGAUUCGAGUCGUUCAUCAUUGCGAUUGCGAGUUGCGGCAUUUACCAAAUUGGCCGCUUAUCCAUCCUGAAUCUCACAGCCGACGCGCACAUGUUCAACCAGAACAUGACAUCCUCCUCGGGUGAGGAAGCGCCGGCCAGCUAUGCUCGGUUUGCCUGCGAUCCUUGUAGGAAGGGAAAACGAAGAUGCGAUCGGACCGUUCCCCGGUGUGCCCUGUGUGCUAGGAAAGGCGCCCAGUGCGUCUAUCUACCGCGGCGUCGGUCUCGUCAGACAUGGCCCGAGGGCCGUUCGCCCAUGCCAAACACCCUGUCGAGCUCCGGUGCGACUGUAUCACGCCCGGAUAGUCAGUUGGAUCACCGGAUACCUCAAUAUACUUCUGUUGUGACGCCCGUGACACCCGUGACUCCUACAACAUCCAAUGAAGCCGCCACAGCAACUGCGAUAUACUUCAUCGCUCCGCAAAUCUUUCGACAGGCACAGCUUGAGCUGCCCCGGAUCCAUCCCUCUAUACCGGCAGAUCUAUCGCCAUUCGAGAAUGAUCCUUCCCGCAUUCGCAAUAUUGCGUAUACCUUCUUCGACUCGAUCCACUGGUGGAUGCCGCUCAUCUCCAAAAAGGAAUUCUUUGCACAUCUGCUGAACCCCCUGUCGCAGCGACGGAGCGAGCUUAGUCUUCUCAUCAUAUGUAUGCAGCUGUACUGCGCACGCGAUCUCAACCCAGGGACGGGGGCACUCGAUGUUACUGCUCUGUAUCAUAAUGCCAAGAGACUGCAUUUCGAGAUGGAGGCGGCGGGGGUGUUGUCGCUGCGGGUUCUCCAAGCUGGCAUCUUGAUUGCGCUCUACGAAUUCGGGCAGGCCAUCUAUCCGGCUGCGUAUCUGACGGUUGGAGCUUGUGCACGCCAUGGUACGGCAAUUGGGGUUAACAACCUGAGAGAGGAAUCGCCGAGUGAAUACAGGAGUUCACGCUCAAUGUCCGAAGUUGACGAGCGGAGACGUGCGUGGUGGACCAUCUUAUUCCUCGAUCGGUUUAUGAACAUUAGCAAUCCAAACAGGCCCCUCGCGACAAAGAAUCCGACUUUUGACGAUUUGCUCCCGGUUGACGACAAGUUAUGGGACGAAGGCACUGCGAAGCCAAGCGACGCUUUCAGCAUCUCUCAGGGCUUUUCCCUUAAGAUGGGCAUGUUUUCUAGGCUUGGACAGGCCACCUAUAUGCUCAGUCAGGCCCUCGAUCUUGUUGGCCCGGAUAAUCACCAAGACCCGAUGGAAAGGGACCAGCAGAUAGCGCAGCUGAGACGAACUGUUCAUGCAUUGAUUACGGUCUCAAACGCCGAAGCCAGUGAGAGAGAACUGAGGACAUGUGCUGGAUUCUGUCCCCAAUUAUCGAUCUGUUCCAGCACAAUAUUUCUGCUUCAAGAGUAUCAAUGGCGGGCGAAGAGCAAUGACAUGGGUCUCAUACCCAACUACAUCUCGGCGAGAGACACUUCGGAAGAGACACUGUCGACCUUGGACCACCUGGCAACCACCGCCCAGGGCUUCCGAGACCAGAUGGUUGAUACGACUUCGGUUCUGGUUGCCACUCCAUUUCUAGCGCAUGUCGCAUACCAGGCGGCGUUAUUUCUCAUCAGACUAAGUCGAGGCGAGCCCGACGAUAUCACAACUCGGAGGAUGUCACUGUUCAAGGGCUUGCUGCAAGAUAUUGUUCCUCGCUGGAAAAUGGCUAGGGUCUAUUUGGACAUUUUGGAUGCUCAAGAAAUCACAACAGCUUCUGAGGCAGCGUGCGGCCCCCGACCGUUGAGGUACAGCCAGGACCCAGAUCAAUGA